CUGAAGUUGUAUUUUUACAGUUGGAGGCUGAAAGGAAAAAGCUAAUGCUUCAAACAUCCACGAGCAGACACUGAGCAUCUCUUUCAGACAGUGGACAAGUCUGGAUAGCCCAUUGCCGUAUUAAAGCACAGUGUGUGUCUGUGCCGGGACUCGGGGCUGCCGUCGUAGUCUAAGAGUCUAAGAUGCCCUAGGCGGGGAGAAGGGAAAUGUAAAUGGCUUCCAAAGUAAAAGAUGCCGUGGUGUGGUACCAGAAAAAGAUUGGCGCCUAUGACCAACAGAUAUGGGAGAAGUCAGUGGAGCAGCGAGAAAUAAAGUUUAUUUCUCUGGGCUUGAGGAACAAGCCAAAAAAGACAGGACAUGUCAAACCAGACCUUAUAGAUGUGGACUUGGUUAGAGGUUCGGCCUUUGCCAAGGCCAAACCAGAGAGUCCGUGGACGUCCCUAACCCGGAAAGGCAUCGUCAGAGUCGUCUGCUUCCCGUUCUUUUAUCGAUGGUGGAUCCAGGUCACCUCCAGAACCAUUUUCCUCUUACUGCUGGCUCUCUAUCUGCUGCAAGCGGCAGCAACAGUCCUGUAUGUGACCAUCCCCCAGCCUCAUGGGAUACCGACCACCGAGGUGUUUGGAGCCAUCUGGCUCAUGUUGCUGCUGGGCACCGUCCACUGUCAGAUCGUCUCCACCAGGACCCCGAAACCUGCCUCCAGCAGCGGGGGGAAGAGACGCAGGAAGUUGAGGAAGGCAGCUCAGAUGGAGGUGCAUAGGGAAGGCGACGGGUCUAGCACUACCGAUAACACACAGGAGGGGGCGCCACACUCCCACUCAGCCAGCACCACAUACAGCCUGGGCACUCUCUUCCAAGAUUUCUGGCAUGAUAUCUGUAAAGCUGGAUCUAAGAAGUCCAAACUGUCCAUCGACAAGUCGACAGAGACAGACAACGGAUAUGUGUCGCUGGACGGCCGGGUGACCAAUCGCAGCAGCGAGGAGGGGCUUCAGCUCCACGAGCAGCAAUGUGAUUUGCCAAACAGAGCCGACGAGGUCUCCUGGACCUCAGUCGUCCAGCCUGCGCACAAUCACACACCCCGCAGCAAGGGACUGAUGCUGGCAAGCGGCAAUAAGGAGCCAGCAUCAGAUGAGGCGUCCAGUGAGGAGGACCCUGAAGCAUCCUACAGCGCCCUCCGCAGGGGAGUUGAAAGAAUGAACAGCGACUGUACACUCAGAAACCGCAAGAAUACACACCACUACAAGAAAAACUACGCUGUGGAGGAUGUCCCCAAGUCCGGCACCAGCUGCAGCUCCAGAUGUUCCAGUCUGAGGACUCAGGACUCAGAGAGCACGCGACACGAGUCUGAGACAGAGGACCUGAUGUGGGAAGACUUCCUGCACUGUGCCGAGUGCAGAUCGUCCUGCACCUCAGAGACAGAGGGAGAAGGAGGAGGGACUCCUGUCUGCCCCCCUGCUAAAAAGGAAUACAGAGACGAUCCUUUCCAUCAGGGUCACGCUCCCUGGCUGCACAGCUCUCACCCCGGCUUGGAGAGAGUGAGUGCCAUAGUGUGGGAGGGAAAUGAGUGUAAGAAGGCCGACAUGUCCGUCCUGGAGAUCAGCGGUAUGAUCAUGAACAGAGUGAACAUCUACACUCCUGGUAUUGGGUACCAGGUGUUUGGGAACCUGGUUUCAGUGACGCUUGGCCUCACACCUUUUGUGUACAGGCUUGCUCAGUACCGUGACUUUGAUCAGCUGAUGUCGCUCUCACCCAAUGAGCUGCUGUCUGUGGCUCUGGGGGGCGGGUCUGGAUCCGAUGCCUUGGUCAUCACCAUGGUAACACUCAGCUUCCUGGUGCGUGUUUGCCUUAUAUGGCUCUUCUUCUUCCUGCUCAGUGUCGCUGAGAGGACCUACAAACAGAGGCUACUGUUUGCCAAGCUGUUUGGUCACCUGACUUCAGCCCGCCGAGCCAGGAAGUCUGAAGUCCCACAUUUUAGACUGAAGAAAGUUCAGAACAUCAAGAUGUGGCUGUCGUUGCGCUCCUACCUCAAAAGACGAGGCCCUCAGCGUUCAGUGGAUGUGAUCGUGUCAUCUGCCUUCCUGCUCACUCUGUCUGUUGUCUUCAUCUGCUGUGCCCAGUUGCUCCACAUCCAUGAAACGUUCCUGGAGUGUCACUAUAACUGGGAGCUGGUGAUCUGGUGCUCCAGUCUGUCUCUGUUCCUGCUCAGGUUCGUCACUCUAGGCUCCGAGACCAGCAAGAAGUACAGCAACACCUCCAUACUGCUCACCGAACAGAUCAACCUGUAUCUGAAGAUGGAGAAAAAGCCAAACAAGAAAGAGGAGCUGACACUGGUGAACAAUGUCUUAAAACUGGCUACCAAACUGCUCAAGGAGUUGGAUACUCCUUUCAGGUUGUAUGGUUUGACUAUGAACCCUCUGCUCUACAACAUCACCCAGGUGGUCAUCCUGUCCGCCGUGUCGGGAGUCAUAUCUGACCUGUUAGGAUUUAACCUGAAGCUGUGGAAGAUUAAAUCGUGACAGUGAACAGAAACGGCGUGACCUUCACUCUCACUGACUGAAAGACUGAACGUCGGUCUCGACAUAUCGGAGUGCUUCACCUUCAACGUUCUCACUUUGUGCAAUUCGAAAACUAUUUAUUUACCCACUCAGUGUUUUUAUUUUGAGCUGUAGGUCGUUCCAUUUUUGCUAUAUUUUACUUGUCUACAAAAAGUGUUAGUAUUAUUAUUAUUAAGCAUAACAUAUGUUUAACAUGAUGGUUACGUUCUCAGCUGCAUUUGCAACAGUUCAGUUUUCAUUCAGCUCGUUCACGUAUUUGAAGGCAAAGUAUUGAGCUGCCGAUGGGACAACAAUUAUUUUUGUGUUUUAUUUGCUUAAACUGAAAAUUCCAUAUAUUAAGUAAAAAGUUUCAAACCGUUACGACCUUAAAGUGUGUUACAAAAAAACAGUCCAGCAACUUUGUUGGUCUCUAGUUUAACGGCAACCGGUUAAAUUUUGAUAAAUGAAUUUAUUAAAGAUGCUUCAAACCACAGUAUGUCCUCAUAAAACUACAGUUGCGGUAUUAUUUCAUAUUUGGCUGCAUUGGUGCACUGAAAUUAAAGAUACAUAUGCUGUAAUUCCUGACAUUUGAUAAAAUAACCUAAUACCUAUUCAUACCACUCAAGAGUUAUUUAAAAAAUAAUUCAUCUGCAGGUAAAGUUGUUAUUUUGCUGGCUCACCUGAGACCAUUGUUUCCGUGUUUCGUUCUUACCGGGGAGAGGUGAAAUGCCAGACGACAUCAGCGCUGCAAAAAAACAAUCAGAAAUAUGACAUUUAACAGAAACCUGACAAUCGUUUUGUUUUUUAAGGAGUUUUAAAUGUCAUGACCCAGAUCAGUGGGUUUGACAGUAUUUCUAGUAUUACAUGUGUACUGCAGGUAAUCACACGGAUUAUCUGGUUAAAAUGACUUGCUUGGACAUUGGCCUUUUCCCUGCAUGUGAAGCUAGUUAGUAAACAUAAGAUCACUUCCUUGUUUAUCUGCUUAGAUCUGAGUCACAUGUCGUUUCUGUGUAAAUGUACACAGAUGUGUCUCAGACGGGCCGCGGUCAAAUAGUCUUUUUAUUGCUUCGGAAGUAACCGAGCGAAAUUACCCGGAAGUAUCUAAGUAAGUGGCAUAGUAUCUUUUUUUGUCUCCUUUUAGCAUUUUAACCGAGUGUGACAUUUUUGCUCUAUAAUAUUGGCCAACAAGGAAACACAUAUUUUGUAUAAAUCUGAAAAUGACAACUUGUAAAUAAACUUGACGCAAAAUGACACAGAUUUAUAAGUUCCCUAAAGAUUAAACUAUCUGAUGUCUAAUCUAUAGAAAACAGUGAAUGAGUAAAAAAAAAACACUUAUUUAUUCAGCUUAUUGGAGGUCAUCUGACAAAAAGGAGGAAUCUUCUGUGUUGACCACGUGACGCCAGGAGUCGAUGAUGCAUCCUGCACACCAGAACAGCACGAGGCGUUUAGCUCCUGAACUAUCAGUUUGUGUCGGCCAACAAUAGACCGUUCCUUCAUGUCAAUUAGUUUAGAGAUUUGUAUAGAAUUUGAUAAACUCCCAGAGAUGAUUAGACGAUAGAUUCAUGUGCAUGACUUUUGACAGUGAUCAAAAGUGAAAGUCAGUUAGCCUCUCUGCCUGUCACACGUUUCUAAACACUGCAGUUAAAACAGGUCUGAACGUGAAAUGAAGAUUUGCACUUUAAAGAUAGAUUUAAAGAAUAGAAGUUACGUUUUGUUUCAACGUCAAGAGAUUUUUUUUGUACCUCACCUGCUUGACACAGUACAUGUUUGCUGUUCAAGCGAAUGCUAGCUCUGAACUUAAGAAUAUUGUAUCGACAAUUCACAAAAUCCCACUCGGUACAUGAAGUUAUCAUACCCACAGAAACCAUCUUAAAUGUGAUAAGAAUUCUGUAUUUGCCUCAGUUAACGAGUUAGCGUUUGACUAACUUUAUUUAUACAAAUAAAGUAAAGUAAUCAUCUUCAGUUUGUUUACGGGGGGAAAACCAAAGUGCUUAUUGUAAUGUUUGUUUUUGUUUGUCUCUGCUGGAAAAAAGAAUGUAUUUGCAGCAUUAUGCUUUAAAAUAUAUUUGUUUCCCUUUGGAAAUACUUUAAGUGUAUUAUUGUGUGCUUUUUGUUCAUUUGUAAAUGUUUCUCACGCUCGUUAGAAAGCAGGGGCACGUUUUACUGUGUUUUUAAAAGGAACAAAUAAGUUUGAAAUGUAUGUAUGAAGAUGAAUCUAGGUAAAGGACUCUAUGUUGUGAUUCUGUUUUCAAAGAGUCUGAAUAUUUAGAUUUUUUUUUUUGUGAACUGGUCUGUCCACAAGGUCUACAUUUUUAUAAUAAAAAUAAAUGGAUGUUGACACAUUGUU